AAUGUGGCCGCGAUGUAUGGCACAUCGUGAUGUGCGUUAGGAUCCAAUACACACGCUGUACUUUAUUGUAUUGUGUUGUACGUACAUUUGUUUUUUAGUGCCUUUUUUGUUUUCUAUGGUGGAUUUAAAUUAGAUCCACGUGGGUUUGGUAAGGAAAUGCAGUGUGACUUUAUGAAAGAAACAAUGAUGCUCCUAUCUAUCAUCCUGUUGCUCGUAGCGUCUGCUGCGACGCAGGAGGAAGAAAUCGAAAAAUGUCCUUCUUGCAUCAAAGUGGAGUCGUCUUGCUACAACGUGUCCUUCUUGUUCGACCUCAACGCCACUUUCCGCAGCCACGUCAUGGUCCACAAAAUGGGCGUUCUCAGAUAUGACAACACUCUGUUCUACGCAUUCGAACCACCCAUUGAAGAUAAAGAGUAUUAUAAAGUCGCCUACGUUAAUCUCGACAAUCCGGAACAGGACGGAGUCAUAUUGGAUAAUAACAAUCAGAUACUGAACCUGGGUACUUUCGACAUUGACCAAGAUAACUCUAUAGUGUAUCUAGGUGGUAGUAAUGGUAUUUGGGCAAUCGAUAAAGAGAAAAAUUUAAAAUAUUACAGCUCCAGAGGGGAUAACAUAAAAGUUGUGUUUUACAAAAUGUACGUGUUUUUCGCGAAGUCGAAUGAAUCAAGCAUUAUAGAGAAGAAAGGAGAUCAGUUUGAGAUAUACGCUGAGGAUUUGCAAGUUAAAAGUUUUGUGAUUACGAAGUAUGAUGAGUUGAUAUACUUGAGUAAUUUCGGGUUGUUUUUGAAGAAAAAAGAAGAAACUGUGAGGUUAUCGAAGAAUGCAUUCUUCAGAGGUUUAACAAUGGAUUUAGACGGUAACGUAUACGCAUGGUGGGUUGAUGGUAUUUAUAAGAUAAUGAUAGCAAAAAAUUUGAACAGAUCGAGCGUGGUCAAAGUGGCUGAUAUUCCCACUAUUGGGGCGAUGGCGUUUGAUAAUGAUAAUAAUAUAUUGUUCAAUGAUGGCCGAGGGCUGUACAGGAUGACGAAGAUUGCCAAUGUGUCGGCCUGUCUUGAGGAGGAGGCUAAUGAGUUGUGAUGGCAUCCUUCUAGCGUCAUCGGUAGAUAUAACUUGUAGAUAGAAACAUGUGAGUGUCGUUUGUUCUCAAUUUAUUGUGCAAGAGAUUGAGAUUGACAUUUUAAAAUCAUUUAUGAAAUCGGAUAAUUUUAAAAUGUUAUGAUAGGCACCUACGAUUUACUUUUAGAAAAAAUAGUGAAAUACUUAUUGAAUUCUGCGAAAUUUUGUAGUUUUUCUGAACGACAAACUGUAACCUUUAUUUUUAGAAAAAUUGAGUAUGCAAAUAUUUAUGGGUUCUGUGAAAUUUUGUUGUUUUUUCUGAACGAUAAUCCUAAUCUCAACAGUACUUUUCUAGUAAUUUUAAAAUAAUGUCUACGGCAACUGUUUCUAGGAAACUAAACGCCUACUUAGCAGGCUAAAUAUAGAAAACUGUUUAUUGAUUUUAUAUAGUUGGUUCGAUAGUAGUUUAUCAACUUUAAUGAUCUUCCGUCCCACACAGUUUUAUGAAAAUAUAGGCUUUUCUAUCAUGAAAAAUAAAAGAGCUUUCUUUAAAUAGUUUAUACAGUUUUAUUGGCUAAAAGCAUUAGAUGAACAACGCUUCAGAUCAUUUAAAUGCCGCAUUAGGUAUGUAGGCUUAUAACUAGAUAGUUUUGUUAAAAUGUACUUAGUUAUAUAAGUGACUAAACCAAAGAGCGGCCGGAUUUAUCAACAGCUAAUCUACCUAUUAUUAUAAUAUUUUUAAUUCCCACUUAUCCAAAAUUAAUAAAAAAUUGUUAAUGGCGUGUAUUUCUAAUAUAUUUUUUAUUAACAUCAAAAAUAUUUUUUAAAAUUGUAAUUAUUAUGAUUCUCCGUCAAAUUUCUUCUUUGGAAUAUGUAAAUGCUUUUAUGUAUUAAACAAUGUAUGAAUGCUUUAAAUAUUAUAUAAAAUAAAAACACGAAAGAAUGGAUAAAUCAGGCACAAUAUAUUAAGUUUUAUGGAAGUAAAUUUUUAUUUUGAAUGUUGGAUAUUUUAAGAAGUAAAGAAAUACAUAUAUACACAAUACUACACAGUAUUAUAGUAAAUUAUGAUAUAGACUGUUGCCUAUAAUAUAUUUAUGUCAAUUAAAUACUCAUAUAAUAAUACAGGACUAUAUAUAAUGAGGAUUGUAUAUUGUAAUGUAAUUUAUGUAAUUAAUAGAAAUACCCUAGUGGUAAAGUAGUUCUCGUUACCACAUUAUUACCAACAGCGCAUGUUGGUCUUCUUCAUAGUCGUAUUCCUCAUGGCUGAGGGUCGUGGUUAUUACGUGGAAUGAAACACAUACAACAACUUUCUUGGCAUUAUUAAUGGAGUGGUUUGCCAUUGCCUUCUCCAUUUCACAUACAAGUUAAUAAUAAUGAACCAGUGUGCAGGUUUCCUCACGAUGUUUUCCUUCACCGGAAGCAAGUGGUGGUAUAUGAAAAUUACUAUACAUGAGUCAGAUUGGUAUACAAACUCAUGUGGCACGAGUAGGAUUCGAACCUGGGACCUUUCGAUCCACAAGCGGGCGUCUUAACCGUUACACCACCACCGCGCAUGUUGGUAGUAGAUGUAAAUAGACUAAGGGCCCGUUUCACCGCUUGCUGAUAAAAUAUCUGACACCAUAUAUGUAACAUAUCCAACAGAUAGCGAUAAAAGUGGUGUUUCACAAGCGUUGGAUAGGGCCAACUGGCCAAACACAUCAGACAGAUUAAUCUAGCGGUUUGUUUACCUGUCAGAUUGUGGCUUUAACUUUUUUAUUCAAACUUUAAACUUUAAUAUGUUUUACACUGCUCGUGCUCGCAAAGUUUGACUUUACAUUUUAAGCUUUAGAGCAUAAAGUAAGAUUUUCUUCUAUGAAUUUAGUUUUUGCAUUUAGCAAAACAAUAAAAUUAUGGUCUAAUCAGCUUAUUGUGGCCAGUAAUUUAAUAUUAUAAUGUACAUUAACGAAUAUUAUAAUGUUUAAUAUUGUUGUCAAUUUCCUCGCAAUCAAAUUGAAACGCUGGCACCGACAGUUAAGCGACAUUUUACCUUCGUAGUAACUAUCCAUUCUAAAGUCUAAAGUUCAUUGUCUAAAGUGUUUCGUUUUACUACUUAUUUGGUAAAUUUCUAAUUGUCACGCACUUUACAAUAAACCUGACAGAAGAAUUUUAUAUUUUCACAAAGACAAGAAUUAUUUUUACUAUCUGACUUUGAACUAAUUAAAUCUGUACUGUGGUAAUUAAUUUUGGAAAUAAUUCCUCCUGACGAAUAGUAAUGACAGCGCGGCAGCAGCGCUCGAAAGAGACACAAUAGACACACUUAAGUAUGAUUUAACAAGUGUGAAUGAGAGAGUAUUGCAAAAAGAGAGAGAAAGAAAGAAGAGUUUUUAUAUGAACCUUAUAUGUGUCAAUUUUGAAUAUAUUUAAUUUAAUAACAUAUAAACAACUUUGAGUGGGUUGCACUCGUCAACUUUGACGUUAUCUUUAGCCAGCGCAAAGUACGCCAUUUUGUCUAAACGUCAGAGGCGGGCAGGUUAAAGUCAACGUCAAACUUGACUAGUGCAGCUUACUCUUAGAUAUAAGUAUUCGCAAUGCCUUAACACCGCCUUUUAAUUUUGUUAUGCGUUACAUACUAUCCUUCUUGUUCAUUAAAAAAAUUAACAUAAAGUGUGUUUUGUCUCGUUUCGUCAUUGUCACAAGUAAAGUGCGAUAGAGACAAAACAUACUUAAGCGUUAAUACGCGUAUAACAUAAUUAUAUGUUUUAACUUUUUUAUAAACAAGAGGGAUAUAUAAAAGUACAUUUAGAAUUAGAUAAAUAAAUAAAUGCUGCCCAAAA